AGAAGAAGUAGAGAAGAAGUAGAGAAGAAGGAAAAGAAAAAAGUUAGUGACAAAAAAUCGAUAAAGAGGCUUCAAAAUGAGUGUUUUGAAUGACCUUUUCAAACAAAUUCUUUAUUCCGAAGAGUGUGUUCGCGAAAGAUUUUCAAGACUGCGUUCAAUAAACGAGGACAUCCAAUCGCUUCAGCUCCAGAUAAGGGAUGCAGAAGAUGAACUAAAAUCGUUGCAGGGAAGUGUAGUGUUAAAAAACCAGCGUUUGGCAGAGGAAGAAGAAAAGCUGAAAUCGUUACGAAUAAAGAAAAACGUCACGGAUGAGCAAAGGAAAGAGCUGGAGGAAGGCAACAUAAACUUUCAACAAGAAAUCAAAAUGGUAAAAGAGGAGUCAGAAAGCGAAAGGAAAAAAUUCAUAUCGGCUGUUCAGACUUUUAUUCUGUACCACGACCUUUCUGGUCAUGGGAAAAUGAAGAGAGACGAGACGUUAAGAAAUAAAGUUGCAUGCCUUAGAAAAGAAAAGAAAGAAAUAUGCAAAGAUCUUGAACUUUCGAAAGCACAAGAAAAGCAAAUUUUAACACUGAGAGAAGGAAGGGACAAAUGUUCACAUCUUGUAAAUGAACUCAGUAAACAAAACAAGGACCUCAGCAAAAAUUAUGAAAAGGCUAAAAAAGAAACUGAAGCACUGGAAAAGGAAAAAGAAACAAUGUCCAAGAAACCACAAAAUGAUCCAGAAUUUAGAAGAUUGAGUGCAGAACUAGAAGCAGCAAAGGAUGGGAGCAUGGAAGGAAUUUGUGAAGCCUUAACACAAGAAUUGAAGGAGCUUCAACAAAUCUAUUUAAAGAAAGAGCUUCAAAAGCAAAAGCAUUUACAACAACAGCAAAGUAAGGCAUCCUAUUACCAAACGAAUUUUAAACAAAGACAGAGAAACACAGAGGGUACAAAGCAAAGAGGCAAAAAAUAGUGUACAGAACAACUGUACCAAUUUGCGAUUUUGAAAUAAAAACAGUAUGAUGAA